AUGUCGCUAUUCAAUCAAAUGAAACUUAGUGUCGCAAAAGCAUUACAAUUCAGUAUUGAUGGCAAUAUAUUUGAAAUUCCGGAAUGUGCGGCACUAAUGACAACUGAUAAAAUUUCAAUUAAAGUAGCUAAUGACACUCAAAUAAUUAAAGCAACAGUGGAUUUCAUUGAACAUAACAAUACAAAUUUUAAUAUUCGUUUUCUGAUACGAGAUGAAAGGAGAAAUAAGAAAACAAUUAUGUCUGCUAACCUGAUAUCUGGUCAUGGUUUUGAAGUAAAAAAUGCAACUGGAGCACGAGUGAUGAAUAUUAAGAUACCCAACAAUACUGCAUCAUCAUCAAUUGGCAAAAUUGUUCAUCCACUCAGUACCACAAUUUAUAAGGUAUUAUAUAAUAAUAUAGAAACAAAUAGUUAUCGUUUUCAAGUGCAUCAUUUAUCAUCAGAUCAACCAGUAAUUAAUGUUGAAAAGAUAACUUUAUCGGUAUAUCCAGUACUUAAAAUGAUUGGUUUACUAGAAACUGAAUGUAUCUAUCGAUUCAAACGUAUGGAUGGCAUUGAAUUGGCACGAGUUUAUCCUAAAAUUGUCUUAAAUGGAAGGACACUUAUUUUAAAAUAUGAAAUGAUGCAAGUUGGAAUGCAAAUGCGUGCAGUAAUCUUGGGUACAUCAUUAAUGCUUGUUCUGCAUGAAGUAUAUCCGGAAAUCCGGGAUGCACUAACCGCAUCAACUGUAGGUGAUGGAUGUGAUAUAGGUAAUAUUAUCUAA